AUGGCGUAUUUUGAAGUGAAAAUAUAUUACUUCCAAGAUGUGAAAAAUUGCACAUAUCAAACUUCGUGUCAUUAACGUAACGUCAAAAAAUUGUUACGUGUAUUAUAUAGUAAUUAUACACAUAUAGUGAAAUUUAAAGAGUUUUCUGAGACAAGAUAUCAAACUUUGUAUCUUUUCAUAGCAAGAUGAUUUCUUUGUGAAAGUAUAAUAUCACUGAACAUUGAGAACAUUUACGUUUUACAUUGCUUAAUUUUAAAACUUCAAAUUUAAUUAAAUUUUAUUAUUAUUAUUCUCUAUCAAAGAGAAUAUAAAUUACAAAAAAAGAUUAAGAUAAAUUUUUGUGGUAGAAUACAAAUUACUAUAUGCAGUUUACGAUAUCAUUCGAGAGUUAAAAAUUAUGAUCUUCAAAAAUUCACAAUAAAUAGAUAAUUUAAUAAUAUAAUUUACAUAGUUUGAUAGUUUCUUAAUGAAAUUCCAAACUUGUCUUCCAGAAACUCAUGUAAUUUCGUUCGAUAACUAACUCAAGGCGUUUAUUCUAAGUUUCAUUAAUCCUUAAUAAAGACGUUCAAAAUCUAUUUUCGUAAAAACGAGAUGUGCAACGAACGAAUUUUCUUUCACACUUUUGACUUAUUUUUGUACAUAGAACACCCUUAUGUGGAUUAUUAUGUUCUAUUUAAUUAUUAUGUUCUAAAUUAACCAGAUUUAAAUGUACCUAAAAUUUCAAACUCGAUUCUGUCAAAGAUAAAAUUUGAAAUGAAAAAAUUUUAUCGCUUCUUUUAGACUUAUUUUUAUACGCAGAGUUAUGAUUCUACAGGGACAUUCCGUAUAAUUCGAUGCAAAUUCAAGAAAGUCGAGAUUUCCAACUUCUUUGAUUAUUCUUUCUCAAUCAUCAUUACUAAUUUCUUAAAUUACUUUUUAGCUGAAUCUUUUUAUUGAUCAAUUAUUUGUUGACUUAUUUCUGACGCCACCAUAGCAUAUCAAAUUUAUUAAACUUCUCACGCGUAUCAUACGAAGAACCUCAUUUCCCGAAUCUUUUGAUCGUAUAAAUCAUUCCUCGUCACGGAGAUUACAAACACAAAUUUACAUCAAUAAUUCACAUAAAUAUUCAUCGACGAAAAUUUAUAUUAAUAACUUCUAAAUUAAAAUCUCUCGAUUCUUUAUCGGUUGUUUGUAAUUCAUUAAGAGCGAACGUUGUGUAAACAACAUUUUAUUUGCAAUUAUUUUCAGUGCUUUUUUUCCAGUGAAUUUAUAUUAUUAAUAACCCCCAUAUAGUACCAUUGAAUUACUAAUAUAAGAUAAAAUUUUAUCAACGUUUUGGAUAUUCAAUUUGAUAUUGAAUCUUAUAUUCUUUGAGACUAACAAUAAAAUGAAAUUAAAUUAAAUAACUCAAAUUUAAACUGUUAUAAUGUAAGCUACUCAAUGAUUGUUGAAAAAUUCCACUUUUGUCUUCCUACUAGUUCGGAUAUUGGAGAUUCUAUAAUAUCUUGAACUUGGAAUAUUGCUACUAACUAAGAAAUCAUCAUUUAUUUACAUGAAGAAAUCACUAUUUUAUUGCAGUAAUAUAACGCUUUAUAGAUAUUGUAAUAUUAAAAUAAAAAUUUGAGUAAUAGUCCUGUUGCAUUUAUUUUUUCACUAUUGAUAUUAAUUAUUUACCACAGCGGGAGUAAAUUAAAUAUAAAAAAAAUGAGGACAGAUUAAUUUUAUAAAUUUAAUUUGCAAAACAAUUGAUAUCUCUCGUUUUCAAAAUUACUUCAGAUACAAAAUACCGGAUCGUGCUUAUUGAACUUUCGAUUUUCCCUGACGGAUGUGUUAGAGGGUGACAUUUCACGUCUUCAAGAUACAUUUCCGGCAAGAUUUCCAAAGAAGGGGAAAGGAAAAGCUGAAAAACAGACGAGCAACGAAGGUGGAAUUCGACGACAAUCUUCGGCCGAAUGA